AUGAAUUUUACUUACGACAAAAUCUCGAGCAAUGUCUAUUACAUUCGUGAGGAGGAUACCCGGAAUUGCAAUCCGCUAAUGUAUUUGAUAAUCGGCGAUGAAAACAAAGCUCUUCUAAUUGAUACCGGUUGCGGAUGCGGAAACAUUUAUUUUUUUCUUCGAUCAUUACCAUUCUUGCAAAAUGUGAAACUCAUUGUGGUGAAUACCCAUAACCAUCCCGAACAGGUUGGAGGUAAUUGGCGAUUUUCGACGACGAGGAGUAACGGAUUAGCGCAUCAAGUUGAAGAUUUAUGUGCGAGUCGUAAAAACAAGUACUAUACGCGUCUUCUCGACAGUAAUUGGCAUUGGGAGGUUCAAACAUACAAAGUUACACGAUGGCUAAAUGAUGGAGACAAAAUAUUACUGGGGAAUGAGGGAUCUUUGAUAAAUGUCAUUCAAGUUAUGUGGACACCAGGCCAUACUCCUGAUAGUAUUGUUUUAUGGUAUCCAUAUGCGAAUCGAUUGUUUAUCGGAGAUCUUUUCUAUCAAUUUGAAGACCUUAUGUUCACCUAUAAGCACAUUGAUAUGAGAGAAUAUGAAGCCUCGGUUCGGAAAAUAUUAAAGUUUGUGCAAGGUCAAACAGUUGAAGUGAGAUAUUCUGCUGCAAAGAAAGAAUUUGAUAACGCCAUUCUUCCUGCGCUGAAAAUUUAUCAUCGCUUUUUAUUGAGUGUCAUAGCUGGAACUCAGGCCGGAGUGCCCUUGAGAAUAGAUGAGGCUGAAGGGGUUCGGUUUGAAUCACGGGACAAAAGCAUUAAAUUAGUUAUUGGCCGUAGUUUAUUCUUGAAGCUAAACUCUGCAAGAGAAAAAGCUUUGCAAGUUCACUAA